AUGGAAAAAUCAAUCACCAACUCGCCAGUUCUGUCGAUCCUGUCGUACUGCGCGGCAUCUAUUCUGAUGACCGUGACCAACAAGUAUGUCUUGUCCGGUACCUCUUUUAACCUGAACUUGGCGCUUCUGGCGGUCCAGUCCAUUGUGUGUCUGACGGCCAUUUCCAUCGGCAAAUCUUUCGGCCUGUGCAAGUUCCGGUCCUUCAACGCCGAUGAGGCCAAGAAGUGGUUCCCCAUCGCUCUGCUGCUGGUCGUCAUGAUCUAUACCUCCUCCAAGGCCCUGCAGUUUCUGUCGAUUCCCGUCUACACCAUUUUCAAGAACCUAACCAUCAUUCUCAUUGCCUACGGCGAGGUUCUUUGGUUUGGCGGCAGCGUCACCUCCAUGGCCUUGGCUUCUUUUGUGCUCAUGGUGCUCUCCUCCGUCAUUGCUGCCUGGAGUGAUAUCAGUGGAGCCAUUGCUGUGUCCGGUUCCGCUACUACCACAGUGACCGCUCUCAACAUCGGUUACUUCUGGAUGAUGUCUAACUGCUUCGCGUCCGCAGCCUUUGUGCUCUACAUGCGAAAGCGAAUCAAGCUCACCAACUUCGGCGACUUCGAUACUACCUUCUACAACAACCUGCUGUCUAUCCCCGUGCUCCUCAUUGCCUCUCUUCUGUUUGAAGACUGGUCCCCCGCCAACCUGGCUGUCAACUUCCCCCCCGAGUCCCGAAACCUCAUCUUCUUCUCCAUGGUUGUUUCCGGUCUCAUGAGCAUUGGUAUUUCCUACUGCUCUGCCUGGUGUGUGCGAGUCACCUCGUCCACCACCUACUCCAUGGUCGGUGCCCUCAACAAGUUGCCUCUGGCUCUUUCCGGAAUUGUCUUCUUCGGCACCCCCGCCACCUUCUCUUCUGUGUCUGCCAUCUUUGUUGGCUUCGUCGCCGGUAUCGUCUACGCGGUGGCUCAGAUCCAGAAGAAGAAGGCAGAGGCUGCUCUUCCCAAAUAA